UAUGCUGGAGCUUUCCCACGGCGCGUGACUGAGGAGCUCGCCUGUAUCUCCCGGUUUCAGUGGGGCUGAGCGGAGAGCGGGGUAAACAUGGCUCCCAGAGCGCUGCACUUGUGCCUGCUUGUGUUUUACGCCGUUCAGCCGGGCUGUGGAUUUAACAUUGACGUGCGCUUCCCGGUCGUCAAGCAGGGAAAAACUCAAGGCAGCUUCUUUGGUUUCUCCGUCGCGCAACACAAGCAGACUGAAAAGGCUGAGAAGUACCUGCUCCUGGCUGGGGCGCCCAGAGAGAGAGCUUCAUCCAAACUCAGAGUAAACGAGACCGGAGCCAUAUAUUCCUGCCCCAUUACCACCGACGUGACGGACUGCACCAGAGUCGAGCUCAUCACUUCAACGGACUCAUCUGAGAUGAUAGAGGGUAUGUGGCUUGGGGUGACAGUAGCCAGUCAGAGAGAGCAGCCUGGUGGACGAGUGCUGGCUUGUGGUCACCGCUAUGUAAAAAUAGUGCGCGGGGGGACAGAGGAGCAGCGGAGAAUGGUGGGCAAGUGCUUUGUUCGGGGCAAUGACCUGACUUUUGACCCUAACGAUGACUGGCAGACCCACACAUAUGAAGUCUGCAACCCCAACUUUGAUAUGGAGUUGGAGGGCAUGUGCAAUAUGGGCAUCUCUGCAGGCAUGACGGAGAGUGACGUCUACAUCGGCAGUCCCGGCAGCUACCUGUGGCAGGGCAAUGUCCAUAUAACGUGGAGAGACACCAAGCCGGAGAACUCUUGGGAUUACAACGUCAAAGACUUUGAGCCAAAGGACACUCGGAACAGCUACUUGGGAUACUCCGUUACUGAACAUAAGAAGUUACUGGACAGACAGGAGUACACUGUGGUCACAGGGGCUCCCAGAGAUGAGUCCAGAGGAUCGGUUACUCUAGCAACGAAAGGGCAGUCCAACAUUGAGGUCAGGCAGACAAUUCUAGGGGAGCAAGUGGGCUCUUAUUUUGGGAGCAGCAUAGCGGUGACGGACCUCAACAAUGAUGACUGGAACGACCUGAUCGUUGGAGCACCAUUUUACUUUGACCGCUACAAGGAGCAGGGUGGAGCGGUGUAUGUCUUCAUGAAUGAGAAUGGAUCGUUUGAAAACAAGAUAGUCCUGAAUGGUGUAAAGGAUUCAGCAUUUGGAUUGGCUGUGGCAGCGAUAGGAGACGUCAAUCAGGAUGGAUUCCAAGAUUUUGCAGUGGGAGCUCCUUUCCAUGAUUCUGGAAAGGUUUAUGUGUGGAUGGGCAGCAAGGAGGGCAUAACGAAUGCCUACAGUCAGGUUAUUGAAGGGAAGUCUGUGGGCAGCGGUGGGUUCCAUACAUUUGGUUAUUCUCUCAGUGGAGGCAUGGACAUGGACGGAAACAAGUACCCUGACAUCUUGGUUGGCUCACUUGACGACCGCAUAGCCCUUCUGAGGGCACGUCCAGUCAUCCAUUUAUCCAGGAAUUUCACAGUAGAGCCGAAGAUUGUUGACCCCAACCAGUGCAAGGAUGCUUGUGUGACGGUGAAGAUGUGUUAUGCCUACACACUGAGCAAUGGAAACCUUGACUUCAAGAACGACAUUUCUGUGAAGUACACCAUAGAGGCUGACCGUGCUCAGCGCAACCCAAGGGUCCAGUUUGUUGACACCAAGCUAAACACCUACACAGGUGUCCUGGCAUUCUCCUCCCCCACCUGCCAGGAAUUCAAACUGAGUGUGAAUGAGCAGGUGAAGAACAAGCUGGAGCCAGUUGUAUUUCUUCUGAAUGUGUCCCUGCAUGAGCCUGAGGUCAAGGCCCAACAGGUCUUGCAAAACCUGGAUGCGUUCCCUGUGCUUAGCAGCAAGCAAGGAGUUACUGAAAAAACUGAGAUCAACUUCCGAAAGGAGUGUGGCUCUGAUAACAAAUGCAGAAGUAAUCUACAGGUGAAGGCAGUGUUUGUGAAUGAACAUCAAGAACUCUUCCCCAGUGAUGGUGGAAGCCAGACCAUAGAGUAUAACAACAACAUUAAGAAGAUAAUGCUACUUGUGGAGGUGACCAAUCUACCUGAGCAGGGCAGGGAAGCAGAGGACGCUCAUCAGGCGGCGCUCAACAUCACAAUCCCUCUGGCACUGAAAUACUCCGGCUGGCGCACACAGGACCCAGACAUUGUAUGCAGACCCAACACGACUGUGAUCUGUGAACUUGGGAACCCAUUUAAGAGCAACAAGAAGACCACUUUCCACAUUAUAUUUGAAACGUUUAUUACACUUUACACUGAUCAGAUUGAGACGCAGCUCCAGCUAUCAACUCUGAGUGAACAGAGUGAUCUGUACCCUGUGUCCAUCAUCCUCAACGUGGAGAACAAGAUCCUCACCUCAUUCUCUGUAGAGAAGCCAGUGUUGAACACCUUUUUCAGUGGGAAAGUUGUGGGCGAGUCUGCCAUGAACACUACCAGUGACGUGGGCAGUCCAGUGGAGUUUGUUUUUAAGGUGAGUGUGGUUGGUGAACCGCUGGGAGAGCUGGGCACUCUGGUGAUAGAUUUUGAGUGGCCGUAUGAGGUGAUGAACGGAAAGUGGCUGCUAUAUCUAACAGAGAUCUUGAUCGAUGGAGCGUCCAAGCCAAGCUGCAUUCCUGCUGGGAGAGUAGUCAAUCCACUCAACCUCAUCUUGUCAGAGAAAGGUCCUAAACGGAAUAAGCGAGAUGCGGACAUUGGCCUGCUGCACACGGAUGCUACUAGGACCCUGCUUACCCCUCACAAAGAGAGCCACCUACUGGAGUGCUCAAAGCAAACGGCUCGCUGCGUGACCUUCUCGUGCCCCUUGAAAAACAUAUCCACCAAGGCUGCGGUCAUCGUCAGGGCACGGGUGUGGAACAGCACCAUGGUGGAGGACUAUGCUGAAGCUUUUCGAGUGACUGUUAAAGGACAUGUCACGCUGAGGCUGUUGACAGAUAAACCUGCUAUCAAAAUGGACAGCGAAUCCAGAGAGUUUGUGGUCAACAUUGAUCCUGUUCCUGGAGAGGAAACGCAAUACAGUGCACCUCUUUGGAUCUACAUUGUAGCAGGUGUAGCAGGAAUCCUUUUACUAGGCAUCAUCACCCUCGUACUAUGGAAGUGUGGCUUCUUUAAAAGGGCCGUCUACUACAAGGUCAUGCCUAAGUACCACGGAGUGAAAAUACGCAAAGAAGAAAGGCACAAGUUUAGCCAGGCUUUCCGGCCCGAGCGUGAACUCAACAAAAAGCUCUGGGUCACCAACUGGACAGAAAUGCGAGAAUAUUACUACUGAACAUUACUGGAAGUGUCCACACCCACCAGCUCAUGACGACUGGAGGAUUUCCUUUCUUAUCUCCCAUGACAUUUAACAUUUGGCUUUUGUCAUAGAACGUCAGUGGAAAUGGAGACGGAUGAACGCAUUUCUCGCGUUCCGGUGCAAUAUUGUGUCAGCUGUGUUGCGGAUCUGCGAAUGUCCUGCUGUUCCUUUAGUGAAAGUGUUGACCAGCUACUGGGACUGGAACAUUCUUUACUUGUAAGUAAUUGACUCUGGAAAUUUUCCCAGUCUUCACACAAAGUAUUGCAGAAAACGAAUGCCUUCUGCGUGGAUAUCGUUCCGUGUUGCGAGUGCCUGUGUAGCUUUGCGCGUUAUGAUUCAGCACUGUAUUUAGUUUAAUGCUUGGUGUGCCAUGUGGCAAAGUCUUUAAAGUAGCAGUUCAACGAAACAUUCACACACUUGUUCUCGAAGUCAAACAGCCAUGAUAUGUGUGGUGUCCAAAAGUUUGUUUCAUUGCUUUGCACUGGAAAUACGUCUAUUAUAGCUAAGAAAUAAUGGGAACUUGCUCCUCAACAAACAGCGUCAUGCAAAUUGCAUGAUAAAAAUCAGUACACAAGUAUGUUGCAUGGCUAAAAACAGUAUCAGCAGCCAUGUUAAGCAUUGAGUGAUGGACUAGAUUGAUUUUAGAGGGAAAUUGUGCUAAUUUAAUUUUGAUGAACUAUCGCUUUAAGUGUGUGAAGUGUGUGCUCACACUCCCACCGACACUGUGAGUGACUUUCAUAUUGCCUCCAGCUUUCUGAUGGAAUUUUAUCUCAUUGUCCACUGUGAAGCAAAGCAAAGCAGCACACUGUGCUGGUUGUGAUAUAGAUGGUGCUAUAAAAUGUGCCGUUUUAGAAUGAAACCCCACUCAAAAGUCAAAAGUUUGGACACAUGUACAUACAGAAGGUUUUAUCUUUUAGAAUAUUAAUGAAGACAUACAUGAAAUACAAUGAAAUAACGUGGGAUUAUGCAGUGACCAAAAAGCGAUUAAAAUGCUUGCCAUUUCCUCAAGUAGGUUCAUAAGGACUUACCUCAUGGUUGAAGAAGAUGCACAUCUGCUGAGCCAUUGCUGGCAACUUGCUGGGUGGUAUUUAAAAAAUAGACUUUUAAACUUUUAAGAGGCUGAAUUAAGAUUUAUUUCAUAUUAUGGCGUGCCAUUUGCUUGACUACUUUUACCAGUAAGAGUCAAUACACUGGAGAUUAUACUGUUUUCCAUCCAAGGUGUUUUAUAUUAGUGUUGUAUUUGUCUGUAAAUAUUAAUGCACAGUGAGAUUAUUCAUUUGCAGCUGAAGUGUGACGUUGCUUUAAAUGUAACUUUGUACGUUUAAAAAGAAAUGUCCUCUCUCUACGUUUUAGAUAUCUGUUAAGCCAAAAGCUGGAAUACCAUACGUCUUGCUGUUUUGCCUGUCUGGUUUUGUGAAACUAAAAUAUUUUUUAUGAUUUAUUACACCUGUAUGUAGUGCCAGAUAGAAUCACAACGGUCCAUUAGGUGCAGUGCAGGAAUCACUUCAUUACUUUGGCAGUGAAUAACUCAUUCUGUGAGACUGCUUUUUUAAAGCUAAGUAGCUGGUCUUUCAUACAGUCCUGAUAUUGAUAUUAAAUUAGUUUUGUACAUGAAAGAAACUGCCAUUUUAACAUCUUAAUAGGUUGAUUCACAUAUAGUAUAGUUUUACAUAAGUUUUGAAGUUUGCAAUGUCCCCACACAACAUGUAUUGAUAUAAUCCUGUAGACCUAAAAAUGAUGUGUUACACUUCUUCAGUGUCUACAGGCCUCUGGUCUAUGCCACACCACACAGAUGAAUCAGUAAGUUGGGUUACAAUUAAUAGCCUAUUGUUGGUGUUUAUAUGCAAAUAUAAUUGGGCUUUUGAUGAAAUGGCUAAAAUGCAUUGAUAAGUGUUAUGAGCUGUGGUAGACAUGGCAUGUGAUCAAUCAUUGUAUCACAGUGACUUUUAAAGGUAUGCCACUUUAGCAGAGUUCAGCAAUAGUGGGACAGGGUUUAAAGCCCACUUUGUCUAAUAAUUCAAUUUGAAUGAUGUUGUAAUAAUGCUUAUUGUUUUUCGUUUGUCCACUAAUUGUCUUUAAACAGAAAGUACGAGACUUAGUUCUGGUUUCUCUUUCUUAAUACAGCAUGUAUAAAUAAAGUAUUCUGAUUUGUCUGCUAACCAUGUGCUUGGUGAAA